GACCGCAAAACGUGCAGACUGGCGGGUGUCAAUUGCGCUGGAAUGACAUUACAUGGUUUUAAUUUUUCUCUGAUAUCGGCCGGCCAUAUACAGUAAUUUGUUUGAGACCCCUGAAUUUAAAUAAUUAUUUUUUAUAACGAUGGUGGCCUAUAUAAUGUGCCGAUUUACUUGUGAAGUUGUUCAGCUGGUUGACAUGGCAUUGAUUACUGCUUUUUAAGAAAGUGCAUGUAGUCUCACACUGCAGAAGUCCAUUGCUCAGUUGUCAGCAUGCUCAGCGUGUCGCCUGUGAUGUGUCCUGCACAGCAGCAGGCUACAUUGCGUUUAAUGGACUAAUACUUCUUCAACCCAUUAAAUGAUUCCUUUCUCUCUCCCUGCCAGUGAUGGCUCCCUCUAUCAAUCUCUUCACCUUCCUCGUCCUGUCCCUGGUGGGGGGCAGCUCUUCAUGGGACUUAGCUUCGCCUUGCGGAUCCGGCUCCAUCCUGACAAGGCCCUACACGGCCUUGUGUGAGCUGGAUGCGGUGUGGGGCUUGGUGGUGGUGGUGGCAGCAGCGGCGGCGGCCCUCGCCUCGCUGAUCCUGCUCCUGGUGGUACUGUGUCGCCUGCGGAAGAUCACAGAGGCUGAGGAGCGCAGCGGGGUGGCGCCGCUACUCCUGCUGCUCGCAGCCAUAUUUGGGCUCUGUGGCCUCAGCCUGGGAUACAUCGCUGAGCACCAAGAGAGCCUCUGCUUUGCCCGGCGUGUCCUGAGGGGGGUGUUGCUUGCUAUCUGCAACACCUGCCUAGUGUUUCAUGGUCUGCGACUGCGCCGGUUGGGACAAGGUGCUCAUAGCCCCAGCACAGGUCAACUGAUGGGGCUGGCGGUGGCCUUGGCCGUGGUGGAUCCGGAGUGGAUCCUUCUAGCCACGAUGUCCACGUGCCAGCCAGCCUGUGAAUACCAGCCGCUGGACUUUGCGCUGGCCACCACUUAUGUGCUGGUCCUGCUCCUGGCAGCACUGGUGGGGGCGGCCUGCAGUCUGUGGAGGCAGCAGCCACGGUGGAGGUGCAGGACCACGUGGCUGCUCAUCACCUGCCUGGCCUCAGUCCUGCUGUGGGUGGCCUGGAUCACUUUCUGCCUGUAUGGCAACGUGGCGCUUGGCCUGUCCCCAACAUGGGACAACCGGGUACAGGCAGUGGUGCUGCUGGCACAGGCAUGGCUGCUCAUACUGCUGCACGCUGCUCCUGAGGUCCACGCCACCUUACGGCCCCCAUCCCGCAUGAGAGAGGCCAGUUUAGAGGAGGGCCUUUCUCACCUGUAGUUUGGAGCAAACCAGGGCUUCAUGUUCAGUGACAACAACUCAGGUAUGGUACUUUGUUUUCGCUUCUUUGACCUACUC